AUGGAAAGUGAAAGUUCUGAUGAUUUUUUUGAAGAUAGCGGUAGUGACUGGACCCCGUUAAAUGUGAUUGAAUAUGAUUCAAUAUUAGCUUUUAAUAGCGAUGAAGAAAAUGUACCACCAAUUGAAAAGAAUCAUGAAUCGGAUUUACCUGAUGUUAAUAUUAUUCCAGCCACUUCUUCAUCUUCAGAUUUGGAAGAAGUUAACACACCGACUAGAAAACGUAAGCGUUUGACCAAAAAAUGGAAGAAAAAUGUCAUGCGUAAAAAUAAAAAUUCAGAAUUACAGUACGAAAAUUCUAAAAAUCAACUUAUUGAUGCUAAAUCUAUGCGAGGCCCAUGUAGUACGAAUUGUAGAAUUAAAUGUACGAGUAAAAUAAAUGAAGAGCAAAGAAAAUGUAUUUUCGAAGAUUUUUGGAAUCUAGCAAAUUUAUCAAAACAGCGUGACUUUGUAAGUAGGCAUAUCGACGAAAUUAAUCCAAAACAUCGAUAUGCGAUAGCAGGUAGUUCAAGAUCAUUGAACUAUGUUUUUUUUUUUAAUAUUAAUUCCACACGAGUGAAAGUAUGUAAAACUUUUUUUUUGAAUACCUACGUUAAGUAUUUCAGAUAG